UUAUAGUCUGCAACUAUUUGUUGUACGACGGUGAUCAUUUUGCAGCAGUCAUGAGUUUUCAAAUCGCAUAUUGUGGAAGUGAAUGUUUCGACAUCGAUGAGAAGAAAGAACACGGUGAAAAUAAGGACAACAAUAGUCAGACUAGAAUACAAAACAAAACAGAGGACUCAGAAAUAAGUGAAGGUACCAAAAGUUUUGCAACUGAGGUAACAUCAAAAUGGCAUGAUUUCGUGAAUACUAACUACAACCGCUACACAGAAGAUUUUAAUAAUUAUGAAGUUAAAAACAAAAUUAAGAGUAGAAUAAAUUGCGCUUUUGUUGUAAAACAAGUUGCAAAUGAAAACAAAUCUUCCUUAUUACCGAUUGAGUUAGGACACAUAAUAACAGACAUCAAGACAACGGAAACAGAAAAUGUCUCUUGGAAUGAAAGACUGACAGAAACCGAGGAUGCUAUAGUCCAUCCUCCUGUUAAAAUGUCUGGAUUCCUGUCGUCUGUAGUAAAGCCGUGGACAGCAGACGACAAUAUUGUCAAUGACUACAAUGUCACUCCAGUAGAGCAAGUGCAACCAGAAGGGUGCUUUUGUUGGCCUCUUGUUCAUCUGAUUUACAGAAUACGAUACCGACUGUUUGACAAGAAAAAGGACAAGGAACUUCAGAAAAAGACAAAAGUCUAAGGAUUAGGAAUUAUAUAGAGAAAACUACGAUAUCAAAAGCAGAAGACAGAAGAAUAGCUUUGCCUGAAAUUUUUAUUAAUAAAAGGAGACUGCAAAAAUUCAAAGUGUUACAGUACCUUAUUUAGAAA